CUGGCUUUUAGUGGAUUCUAAUUGCUUUGUAUGGCUAUCGAUUGCAAUGCAGCCCUUCACUGAACUACUGCGGAAUAUAAACAAACAGGCAGAAGCUGAUACAACUGCUGUGUCACCCCGAAGAUUCCGUAGUACGUUCUCCUCUCGUCUAUAAUUGAUCUGCAUUAAGUUCCUGGAUUCUCAGCUCGAAUACGAUAUGCGAGUCGUGAAUGUAUAUUUAGAUCAUGUGACCUGGAUGUCAGACAGGUGAUGGCUAUGCAUCAGCCGUAAUCACCCUCUUCAACUAAAUCCACAUCGAAUCAUUCUCCUCAUCUCGCUUGGAUCUUGAUGCGGAAUCGCUCUAGCAGAGUCCCAUACAAAAAGGAGCAGAAAGGUCUCCGCAGACUCACCAAGCACAUCGACCGGACUAUGAUUUGGGUGAUAUGAUGGCGUCACAUCCAGCUCUAUUUACAGCUACCCGCACUCAGACAUUCACAUAUCUGCUUGCCGUCUGUCCAUUCUCCAUUGCAUUUUUGGUCUUCGUCAAUUCAUCUGUCUCAUUCGUGGUCACUGAAUUGAUUGGACUACACGAUGGUGAGGGAGACGCUGUUGGCACCUUGGGAUUUGCUGAUGAACUGCUCGCGCUGGCCGCGUGCCCUUUAUGGGGAGUGCUCUCUGAUCGUAUAGGCGUCCGCAAUGUUUGCGUCAUCGGCUACGGCAUCAUAGCCGUUUCGCUGGUCGUGUUCGUGCAAGCAAGAAAUGUCUACCCUCAGCUGCUACUAGGAAGGUUAUUCUUCAGCCUGGGAGGCUCUGCAGUCUCGACCAUGGUGACAGCUGUCUUACCUGCCGUGGCCGGAGGGACUUCAAGCGAGCAACCGCGUCUCAGGCAAGAAUCCCGGGCUGAGGCGAAGUCUCCAUCCUCUCGGCUGGCCGGGUUUGUGGGCAUGUGCGCUGGCGGCGGUGCCCUCAUAUCUCUAGCCAUUUUCCUUCCUCUACCAGCUCGUUUUCAGAGCUGGGGUUACUCUCCCUCGGAAGCCAUCCAGAACAGUUACUACUUGGUUGCUUCGGUGGCGCUUUUGGUCAGUUUCUGCUGCCUGAUGGGCCUUAGGGGUCUUGCAAGCGAAGAAGGAAAGGGAUGGCACUUAUUGUGGGCCUCCCCAAAGACAUCUGCGUCCGAGGCCGACCGGCUGGCCUUGAGCAAAGGAGUGAUACAAUUACCGUACCUCAAUCAACUUGGCACAGCGCUUUACUUAGGCGUACGAAACCGGGAUAUAUUCCUCGGUUACCUGGGAGGUUUUGUUGCACGCGCCUCAUCAGUCAGCAUUUCAUUGUUUAUUCCCCUUUUUGUCAACCACUACUAUCGACGAUCGGGCCUGUGCGGUCAUGAGCAGGGCGAGGUGCCAGAACCGACGCCGAGAGAUGUCAAACAAACGUGCCGCAAAGCCUACAUCUUGGCUUCCAUCCUGACCGGCGUCUCUCAGCUAGUUGCUCUGAUCGCGGCACCGGCGUUUGGGUAUCUGUCGGAAAGAUCGCGCCGGUACCAUGCACCGCUUCUGUUCGCCUCUUUGACUGGUAUUCUUGGCUAUACUGUGUUUGCGCUGUUGCCUAGUCCUCAAUUCAGCGGAUCGGACGGCAGUGCGGGUGUCUUUGUUCUAAUGGGCUUGAUCGGUAUCAGCCAGAUCGGGGCCAUUGUCUGCAGCCUGGCGGUGCUGAGCAAUGGUAUCCUCAGUAUCAGUCUUGAUUCUGACGGUUCAGAGAUUUUUCACACGCAAGAGGGUCCCGUGAGUACUUCGACGAACCAGGAAAACCAAGACGUCGACGAGCAUCAACCCUUGCUACAAGGAUCUCCGCGUCACAGAGGUCACCAGCUCUCCCACCUGAAGGGAUCAAUUGCUGGUGUUUAUUCCCUGUAUGGAGGGGCAGGAAUAUUGUUUCUGACCAAGCUUGGAGGUCUACUGUUCGAUGAUUUGUCUCCAGGAAGUCCGUUCUAUAUAAUGGCCGGCUUCAAUGCUGUACUGCUUCUCGCAGGGAUUGCAACUGGUGCAAUGAGCUAUGCGAAAAAGUCUGUUAACCGUGCUGAGGCUUAGCUGUUGUCAACUGCGGCAGAUCAAUUGCCAACACUACCUGAUGGGUGGGCAGUGCGUUUAUCUUAAGGGGAAUUGCAGGACGAAGAAUUGUUAACGAUUUGAUGACCGUAUUUCUCAAUAAUGCAUGCUUAUUACUUGGCUCACACGAUGGACUUUGCAUAACAUAAAGACAAC